AUGAACCAAACCCCACCACCGGCGGCGGCGCCACCUCAGAAUUUUCCGGCGCCACCAUCCUCAUUUGAUAUCAAUCAAACACUUUCAAAUGCUUUAUUUUCUUUGAAUCUUUCGGAAUCUACGCACCAAUCGACGUCCUUUUUGCCGCAAACUCUCGACUACGAAUACGACCAUGUUCAAGGUUUGACCAACGGAUUAUUUGACGAUGAUGAUGUUUUUAGGGUUUCAAACAGUAAUGUUGAUCAGCAACAAGGGUUUUAUUCCGCUGUGGGCGAUGCUACACCUCUUACCAUGCACCCUCACUUUCAAUUGUACCCACAUUAUCAUCAUGAUCAGUAUCCAAUUCAUGGGUUUGACCCAAGAUUUGAGCUUGACUAUAUUUCUUACUUGUUAGCCAAGGAAAAGUUGUAUAACAAUCGUUUUUCGACGAUUUCGGAUGGUCCCUUUAGGCCAAGAAACAAUAGUAGUAAUUAUAGUAAUGGCAAUAGGAAUAGGAACGGGAAUCAUUCCCAUAGUGGGGUGGUGAAUAAGUUGCCAAACCAACAAUUUUUUAAUACAAUGUCUUUGAAAGAUUUAAGGGGUAUGAUUUAUUUUAUGGCUAAAGAUCAAAAUGCCUAUAAAAUAUUAAAGUCCAAAAUUGAGAAUCCAACAAAUGAAGAGGUUGAGCUUGUGUUGUCAGAGAUUAUGGGCUCACUUGUUGAUUUGAUGAAGGAUCAGUUUGGUAAUGUUGUAAUUCAAAAGCUUGUUUGUGUUUGUAAUGAUGAUCAGAAGACGUUGAUUGUUCGUGAAUUGACCGAGUUGCCCAACCAUAUGAUUAGUGUUUGUAUGAGUCCUUGUGGGACAAGGGCAGUUCAAAAAUUAUUGGAGAAUAUGAAUUCUCCUAAUCAGAUUAUGAUGGUAAUUAGGGCUUUGCAUCGUAGCGCGGCUAAGUUGGCUAUUGAUCCGAAUGGUCAUCAUGUUCUUCAGCAUUGUUUGGUACAUUUUGAUAGCGAGUUCACCCAGCUCAUUCUGGAUGACAUAGCAAAUAAUUGCUUGAAAGUUGCAACUGAUAGAAGUGGAUGCUGUGUGCUGCAGGCAUGUGUGGAGCAUGCUCGUGGUGAUGUUAGAAACCGAUUACUAUCAGAGAUCAUGGCCAAUGCAAUCCACAUUGCAGAAGAUCCUUUCGGCAAUUAUGUGCUGCAACAUAUGGUGGGACUAAAGUCACCAGAGUUAACAGAACUGCUUGUGAGACAGCUUCAAGGGAAUUUUGCAUAUUUGUCCCAAAACAAGUAUGCUAGUAAUGUUGUAGAGAAAUGUUUGAUUGAAUCAGGGUCUGAUGUAUCAACCGAAAUCAUCCUUGAAUUGGUGGGAAGCUCAAAUCCAUCGUUGCUUCUUGUAGAUCCCUAUGGGAACUUUGUCAUCCAGUCUGCACUAAAAGUUUCCAAGGGGUUCGCACAUGAGUGCCUGUACAAACUGAUAUCAAGAAAUGUAGCAUCAAUGCAAAGCAAUCUUUAUGGCAAGAAGAUACUGGAAAAGCUUGAAAAGAGGAGGGCUGUACACAUUUAA